AGUCCAUGCAGUAAUUCAAGUUCGUGGUAUGAGCUUUGUUCCGGGUUAGAGUUGAAAAUAUUUUGACUGAGGGUGCAAAUUCACAACUUCCAAGAUGAAUAUAAUGGAUUCUUUUCUAAAUGCAUAUUGGUAUAAAUGUGUUACUUAUAUGGCACACGAAGUUUGGUGGCAUGGAGCAGAUUAGUAGCAGACGAUCUUAUCCGCCGGAUGUACAAGUACUGUUGUUGGCUGUGACGUACCGCUUAGUUACAGGAUACAUCACACCAACAGCUUACAGACGGACCUCCGUGGUCACGGUUGCCGUCAUGCAUGACAGCAAUAAAUUGACCAUUCAGUUCCGACUUCAGUUGUUUUGAAACAAAAUGGUUUUAUUCAUCAAUGUAUACGUUGGCCAAAGAGUAGAAGUUUACUGGGGACAUGGAAUCUUCCGUGGAACAGUGAUGUAUAAGGGAUGCUUAGCAACAAAACACGGAGACUGGGUUGGAAUUGCUCUCGACAAGCCUCUCGGGGAGCACAAUGGAAUGUUUCUUGGUCGGCGGUAUUUCCAGUGUCGAGAUGGGCAUGGAAUAUUUGUGAGAGCUGAUAAAAUUCGUUUUAUUUCAAUUGUGAGAUGCUUAUAUGAUCGAUACCAUAAGGUGGACAGUAAGCAGUGGCAGAAGAGCCACUUUUUGCGACAUCAAAUGGCUGUAUUUUACAAUAGGACCAGAGAUAAAAAUGGCCCACGUGAUCCUAUUGUUUUGACAUCCGGUGAUUUUCAACGUGUGCACAGUUCACUUGGAGAUUAUACUACAAGAAGCUGCACUUUAUGGAGCAAGCCUAUUCAGCAUCACAGGAGGUAUUCUAUUAGCAAACAUGUUCCUGCUGCCACCAUGCUGAACCCUGGCACUGCCAUGGCAAGCAUACGCUACUGCUCAUUUCCUGUACAUACACAGUACAGUAUCCAGGACUGUUUCGUCAACAAGCCUUCUGUUCCAAAAAUUCACAUGCCUCACUCUGCACUCGUGAAACAGGUGCAAAGAGGUUGGACUGGUGCUCAUUAUGUCAGAGAAAUGUCAGUAGACACAGGCAGAGAUUCCAUGAAACUGUCACAGUGGAAUGAUAUAUCACCAUGAAGAAAGUAAUAGUAUCAUUUCCUUCUACUUUUAGAAAGCGGAGAUGAGGUGGUAAACGAUGUGUGUCAGAUGCAGUUGUGUGGAAUUUUUUCAGAUAUGGAGUUAUACAAGCCACAAGAUUUUAUGUUAUUUAAGUAGAACAGUGCCUUAGAUAUAUGUGUUGAUGUUAUUAAGAAUCUGAGUUUGCUCUCAGGAGUUUAAAAUUUGAUUUGGCACUAAAUAUCCUAUUUAAGCCGAUGAUUGUCUCAAAAGAAUACAGAACAAAAGAGUUUGAAGAAACAUGAAGGGUGCAUCAUAGCUUUGCUUUGUUGUGGGCAGCGGUGAUGUUUGUGGGGUUAAGCCGGUCUAUGUUUUUAAUCUGCUGCCUUACAUUUUGUAAAACUAUUUAAUAAACAAUGCUACAUUUUUUAGUUUAUGUCUUUUCAUCAAAACCUGUAAAUCCUUCUUGAUGCUUUUAAUAAGUCCUCUGUUAUCAACACUAAACAAUGUGCAAUAAAAACUAGGCAAAAACCUCUGAAGGAAUGAGUUUAAAGAGAGCUCUAAACUUUAAUGUUGGCAUUGCUAGUUUCUGCAAGAGUAUAGAAUUAAGACAUAUAUUCUGCACUUCUUAAUACAUCUGGUAAGCUGAAACUGAAAUGGGAAAUAUUUAUAUAUAAACCUUUAUUUUUUUUGACUGUGAUAUCAAUUUAUUCUUCCUUUGUUUGUUUUUUUGACAUCCUUUAAGCAAUGAAUACUUCUUUAAAACAUACAUUUCUUGGCCUGCGUGUCCAUGCACUCAUCAUAAAAUCCAUCAUGCCUUAUCAAUGUUCUUGCUAUUUUAUUACUUUUAUGUUCAUUAAAUGUUUUAAAACUAUCUUUGCAUGUGCCAUUUUGUGUGGAUGUACGUAAACGUUGGUAUCUAUCUUAAGUACUAAAGCACCGCAGAUAAGUGUUAUUAUUUUUAGUUUCAGUCUCUCAUGCUUCAUGACAAGUUAUUCUACUUCCUCUAUUUCCCCAAAAGAAAACAAGGAUGGAAUCUUGACACUUACCAGGACUUCAUCCUGCUGCUUAGAUGCUCUAAAUUCCACAUCAACAAGGCCAACAUAUCCAGCAACUAUGAUCUUUUAAUGAGUCUGAGGUCAACACAAGACAGCAAUGAUGCCUUCUCAUAAAGAACGCAGCUGUACUCAAUCAAUGGACUGAAUAUUGCUAAGAUCUGUGCAACUUGCAGGUGAAGAUGGAUGCUAACAUCCUUCAAAACAAGCAGACUAGAACCAGCAAACAUGGAGACCUGCAAGUCUUAUGGGAAGAGUGGUACGUAGUCUGAAGGGAGAAAAGUCCCCUGGCAUUGACAUCUUCCAAGCUGAGCUGUUAAAGCAGGAUGUCGAUAAAACAUCAAAAGCCUUGCUUUUCUGUGCAACAGAGUCUGGGAAAGCCAAGAAUGGACGCAGGCACUAGUCAUACCCCUUCCAGAAUAAGAAAACAGCAAACAGUGCCAGAACUACAGAACCAUAACCUUAUUAGCCACCCAUGUAAGUCAUAUUGAAAGUAAUACAGAAUUGUAUCAGCACCACCGCUGUGGAAAUGGUAGCAGAAGACCACGUAGAGCACAGUUGAGCAGAUCAUCAACUAUCAUAUCCUGAUAAAGAUGCACCUUGUAUAUACUGUAUAUAAAGAUAGAUAGGAAUGUGUAUAAUGUAUAUAUUUUGAAUAUCUCAAUACCCCUUAGAUGGCGACAGAUAAAGAAUCUUGAAUCACCAACAGACUGACCGACAGAUCCAAUACAUAUGGAGUGGCUGCCAGUGCUAUCAAUAGCAAAGUCACUGCCACUGACAAAAGAAAAGCAGAUGUCUACAUGAACAGAGUAUGGCU